AUGUCCUCCCUUCAUCUUGUCAUGGCAUCUCAGCUCUCCAUCAUAGGGCUCUUCCAACUUGGAAACAAUAAAGCCGCAGUCCUUGAAGAAUGCGCCGAGGGGAUUGUAGACGCUUGGCUUGGAGAUGAGGGAAAUUUUGUGUUCCUUCCACUUGCCGUUUGUCUUGUGACAUCUCUUAUAGAGCUCACUCAAAUCGUGAUUCAGAGUCAUGAGAAUGGUGAGAAGAAUUUGGGCGCAUUUCAUUGCCUUUUCCGUGGGCUCUUGUUUUUGAGUUGGAGGAUUAUGCUGUUUCGUCCACUCAAAGCUCUCCGCAGCCCCCGAGUACCUGCUGACGUACUGCUUUUCGAGCUCCUGCGCGAAUUUCUCGAGGCCCUGCUUCAGGGGCUGCAGCACUUUUUUGGGGGCGUCGGGGAACGUGUCGGCGUGGAAUGCUUGGAGCGAAGCCUCGAAGGCUUCGCGCGCCGUGGAGACGGCGUGGUGGAAGUGCUGGUGGUGGAGCAGUUUGUCGAAGAUGGCAUCCAGGGAGGCGUGGAGUGCCUUGAUUUGGGGAGCUUGGUCGGAGAUGUCGGAUUGAGAUUGUAA